AUGGAUCCGGAUAUGUUUGCAGAAGAUCCCUCCUUUGUUGAGGAAUUCGACAUAGAUUUCGAAUUCGACGCUCCAAGAUUCUAUGAUUUCUCCAAACCGGAACUCGAUUCAGAAACAGAGGAAACAGAGCUUUGGUUUGAAUCAGCUGGAAACUAUCCUCCUUCACAAUUUAGUUUAAAUCUGAGCUGUAUAUUCGACGAUAAGCAUCUAAAGAUCCCUAAACCCGUCUCGGAUAAAUACAACGGGUUCAUUUAUUACAACCAAACUGCUAAAAAUGUUCCCAAGUCGACGCAAAAGUCUAAAAUAAAACCUUUCUUACGAAAGAACUCGACUUUGACGAGACCCACUGCUUCUUUAUUGGCGAGACAGAACAAACCUCUUGACAUUUACUCUGUUCAGCUUCUCACAAGAUGUCAGAGAUCAUUAGGGAAGCUCGAAAGCAAGAUCUCCCCCUCUAUCUUAUUAUCAAUGCCUCAAACACAAGAUACCAAAAGGCAAAAACUUGAGUCUGGCUUCUUGCGCAAGAUAUCAAGGUUGGAGCAAACUCCCUUUGUACAUAAGGUUCCAAAGAAGGUAUCAAAAGUAACUGUUCCAAAGGAACCUAACCUUAAGACUGCCCAAAGAGCUACAAAACUGCGGUUUAAGGCUAGUUCAGCACCUGAGCAAGUUGAGAGAUUUAGCUCUACAAUGAAUAAAACAGCUCAAGAAAGUUCUUUGACAUCUUUGCAUCGCUCUCAAGAUUUUCAUGAAUUUCAUCUAAGGACAUCUCUUAGAGCCAAGGAACGCUCUUCUAAUGCUAAAAAUGCACCCACGGAUGAUCGUACUCACUCCCUAACGUCAAAGUCCGUUGUGCCUAGAAAGGGUAGGAGAGUGAAGGAAUCUCACAGCUCAAAGACAAAUAUUCAAGUUUAUGAAUCAAAGAUUAGCCAUCUAGAAUCAAAGGUGAUGCAGGCAUCAAAAAAAUUUGGUGAAGCAAUGGAAAUUAAACAUGAAAACAAUUCACUGAAGGAAUUUGAAGCUCCAAAGGUCACGAACUCCCAAGAUGAACAUUUUAUUGAAUCUCUCAGAAAACUAUGUCUCACUUCCGAUACUGAUUUAGUUGCUCCUUGUAUCUCAUCUACAUAG